GCGAAAGCCCCCGAGUAGGAAAAAUACGAAGCGCGUCCGUCGUGAAAAGUGAAGUGUUGUGUUUUUUGACGAGUGAAAUUUCAAAAUUUCCACUGGAAAUGGUCUCGCUGGGACCUAAAAAGGAUGGUGGUCCAAACGCCGAAUUCUUCACGUCACCAGAAUCACUGCAGGGAUUCGAAACGGUUCGACAAUGGUUGCAGAAAAACCUGAAAAAGUAUCUGGCACCGGAUCCUCCAACUAAAGAAUCUCUGGCCCAUUUGAUUAUACAAUUUGUUCAGUAUCAGGAAACCAAACUUGGAAAAUGUUCGCAAGAUCCACCCACCACCAGAUUGCCGAUGCGAUGUUUCAUGGAUUUCAAACCAGGUGGGUCCUUGUGCCAUAUCCUGGCUACCAUGUACCGCUACAAGGCUGAGCAACGGUGGCGCAAGUUCGAUUUUACAGUAAACAGGAACCCUAUGCGUAAGGACCCCAUAAUUCAAAUGCUGCUCGACAUGGAAACGGCUCUCAUUGAGGCCGAAUGCAUGCGAUUACCGAUUGUGUACGUCAGACCCGAGGUAGAUAAACAAACUGCGAAUCGAAUCACGGACAUAGUCACAAAUCAUCAGGGCGAGAUGACGUUGGACGAAGAAGAAGCAACGCACAUCAUCUAUCCGGCGGUGGAUCCUUUGCCGGAGGAUUAUGCAAGACCUACAUUCCGUCGGGACAAGCACGUGAUGAUACAUUGGUAUUACUUUCCUGAGUCGUAUGAUACUUGGAUUCCGAAUACAUUCGAUCUUCCGGAUAAUGUACCAGAUUAUCCACUCUCUCCGGGAGACCGUUGGCGAGUGUCUGCCUCGUGGGUAACAGACCUCGAAGAAUACAACGAAUGGAUGCCUGAGGAGGAUUAUGAGGUUGACGAAGCUGGUCGAAAGAAAUUACACAAGCUUCGUCUUGGGGUUGAAGACUUGAUGGCGGGUAGUGGCGAUGACAAAGUUCGGAGAACGAAGGUGAUUCACCAGAAGCGAAAACGGUCUCCUUCACCACAGGCUAAGGGAGGCAAACGAAAAAGUGGUCGUUCACCAGCCGUUUUCCACAAGAAAACGCGAGCCGAUGACGAAGAUUCGGAAGACAUGACAAAAGACAUGGAUGAUCCGCAACCGGAGACUAAUUUAACUGAAGUGAAGGCUAGUUCCAGCAACUCAGCCUCCGGUCCAGCCACUCCUCAGCCCAAGAGAGAUCCGGAGAUGAUGCCGCUGAAAUAUGCCACUAUGACGGAUCUGGAUGAUGACAUUGACCGGGCCAAUGCAGAUCGCGGAGAUGACAGUCAAGCUGGCAAAACGAGCGAUAAUAGUAACACGCAAGAAUUCCCACACGGAAAAGAUGAUCUAGAAGACAAUGUUACCGAACAGGCUCACCACAUAAUCGUCCCAUCGUAUUCAGCUUGGUUCGAUUACAACUCGAUUCAUGUGGUCGAAAAGCGUGCCUUGCCGGAAUUCUUCAACGGCAAGAAUAAAUCCAAAACGCCGGAGAUUUAUCUUGCAUAUCGUAAUUUCAUGAUCGAUACUUAUCGGCUGAAUCCUACUGAAUACUUGACAAGCACAGCUUGUCGUAGGAACUUAGCUGGAGAUGUCUGCGCGAUAAUGCGUGUGCAUGCUUUCCUCGAACAGUGGGGAUUGAUCAAUUAUCAAAUUGAUGCUGAUUCUCGACCAACUCCAAUGGGCCCCCCACCAACUUCACACUUCCACGUGUUGAGUGACACCCCAUCUGGACUGCAACCGCUGAAUGCUCCGAAAACAGCACAACCAUCUGCUGCCAAAAACUUGCUCGAUUUAGACAAAAAAGUCGAUAAAAAAGAUGACUUGGCCGCGUCUGCUCUUGGAAUAUCUGCUGGAGCUUCCUCCAGUUCAGCCGAUGGCAUUAAAACUGAGCCAGGAACAAUUACUGCUGAUCCGAAUGGUCAGUUUGGGCUACGAUUGGAUCAAUAUGCUAAAAAGCCAUCUGCUAUGCGAAAUAAAACCGCUGCUAGCAUGUCUCGCGACUGGACCGAACAGGAAACUCUUCUGCUCCUGGAAGGUUUGGAGAUGUAUAAAGACGACUGGAACAAAGUGUGCGAGCAUGUUGGAUCGCGAACUCAGGACGAGUGUAUUCUUCACUUCCUCAGACUUCCGAUCGAAGAUCCUUAUCUGGAGGAUGAUAACACGUAUUUAGGGCCACUUUCGUAUCAACCAAUUCCAUUCAGUAAGGCUGGUAAUCCAAUUAUGUCAACGGUGGCGUUUCUAGCCUCAGUUGUGGAUCCGAGAAUUGCUGCGAGCGCUGCUAAAGCUGCCAUGGAGGAAUUUGCUGCCAUUAAGGAUGAAGUUCCAGCAUCAAUGAUGGAUUCUCAUCUGAAAAAUGUCGAAAAAACAAGCUUUGGAGGUAAAUUCGAUCCGUACGCAGGUCUGACAACAAGCGGAAUUGCGGGAACCGAACCCGACAAGGACAAGGAAGACGAUGAUAACAAACUUCCGGGAGCGUCGUCAGGACAGGCAGUUUCAUCAGCUCCAGGAUCAACAGAUGUGGAUAUGAAAGAUCUCUCGAAAAAGGAUGACGAAGAUAAAGAAACUGACAAAUCAGUAGAAAAACCAUUCUCAACUACAGAAGGUACUAAAACGUCUGAUUCUGAUGCUGCGGUAGGAGGUGAUCAGCAAAAAACGGAUGGCACGGAAGACGAGAAAAACAAGGACAAGGAAGUCUCGACCGACUUGGUUAAAGAAAACGGCGAUCCCAAGGUAUUCAAUGAAGGAAAUCUCCAGGCUGCCGCGGCAGCAGCUCUUGCAGCGGCUGCAGUUAAAGCAAAGCAUCUAGCUGCGGUAGAGGAGAGGAAAAUAAAAAGUUUGGUAGCGUUGUUGGUAGAAACACAGAUGAAAAAACUUGAGAUCAAAUUACGGCAUUUUGAGGAACUUGAAACCACUAUGGAACGAGAGCGUGAAGGUUUAGAAUAUCAAAGACAGCAGUUGAUUCAGGAGAGGCAACAGUUCCACCUAGAGCAACUCAAGGCAGCUGAGUUCCGCGCUCGGCAGCAGGCACAUCAACGGUUCCAGUUAGAACAGGGACAAUGGCAGCAACCAACAAUGGGAGGUGCAACGGGAAUACCUCCUCAAGGGGGGAUAGUACCCCCACAGCAACAACUUGGUGUACCACCGGGGCCAGGACAAGGGCCUCAUCCAGCUCCCGGAUCUAACCCUCAGCAGCAGCCAUCAAUGCAGUCUACCGGUGGACUUCCUGGAAUUCCGGUGCCGACCAGCAUCAAUGCACCCAGCAGCAACGGAAUUAUGUCAGCCUCUCCUACAACGAUUCCUUCCGACGGCUCUACUCAAAAUAACAUCAUGUCCCCGACGGUGCCUGGACAGCCGCCUUCUUCGCAGCAUACGCAGGGUCCACCACCGCCGCAGCUACAGCAGCAGGUCAUGCCAUCCCAUCCGGGUCAUUCCACAGGUGCACCAAUGCCGGGCGGAGUGCCUGGUCCCCAUCAGCAUCCUCCGCCGCCGGUACCGCAGCAACAGCCGCCACCGCCAUCUCCGCAGCAGGCUCCGUUGGCUCCUACCCAAGGACCACCCCUCCCAACCCAGGCAGGACCAGGAGGCGCAAUCCCAGGGCCACAGCAAGGUCCUCCCACGUCCGUGGGAAGCGGUCCUAUCCCUCCAUCUUCUUCGUAAGUCCGUAAAGUUCGCUCUAUACGAACAGAAAAGAAAACUGCUGUAAUGUCACUAAUUGAUUUAUGAAAAAAAGUAUCUACUGUCAAUGUCAAAUCUGUCGAUUGUUGCUUCUCAAUUUGAGUUCAAUGUUCGACACCAUUUGACAUUGGUAAUUUGUCUAGGUCUUAUGUCUCAAUCACACAUAAUCUUAGUGUCAGUACAAUUCGUAGAAUCAGUUUCUGGAAAUAUUCCUAUAAUUAUGAUCUAAUUAUACCGAUGAAAGCAGAUAUACGUGGGAUAGGUCAAGUCGUGUGGACGUUACGUAAUAAGCAUAAUAUAACAUAACUUCUCA